UUCGCAUUAAUUAUGAUAUUUGUAUAGAUUAUGCUACAGUGGUAGUGGUUAUACUGAUUAGGUAUUAGCAUUUAAGUUUAUUGUAUACAGCACCUCCUAGUGUGCACUUGUCCAGUUUCUCGCUAGCGAGGCUCGAGUCCAAGAUUGACGGCAAGUGCAGCGACUGAAUUCUAAAUUUAUUACAAUAUUAUUUCUAACAGAGUAAAAUUGUCUGAAAUACAUUUCUGGAUACUAUUUCUGUUCUUAUUAUUUUGUAUCAUAAAAGUUUGUAGUAUUAAUAGCACUAACUUUGUGCUUAAAAUAAAAUUAUUUAAAUUUGAAAUGAGAAAUAUAUUGUGCUUGUUGAUUUUGGUACAUCUAUCAGUAAUAUCAAGAACAGCAAAUAUAUUAGCAAUAUUACCAGCUCCUGCUCUGAGUCAUCAAAUGGUGUUUCGAGUUUUAACACAGGAACUAGCUAAGCGUGGCCAUGAAGUAACAGUGAUUACUGCAUUACCACUUUAUGCCAAAGGUCAAAUGCCAGUUAAUUAUACGGAGAUCAAUAUAAGUGAAAAAACAGAAAACAUUUCAAAACACCUACUGACAGAAGAUAUUAAGAUAUCAGAAGACUUGGUUUCUCAAUUUGUAAGUACGUUUAAAGCAACUUCAUACGUUUUAGACGGAAUGUUAGACCUAAAAGAUAUUCAAAGUUUACUCCGAGAUAAGAGAUCCUAUUUUGAUUUACUUUUCGUGGAAGACUGCAUGAAAUCAAUGUUAAUUUUUUCUCAUCUAUUUAAAGUGCCAGCCAUACAAAUAAGUUCUUUUGGAGGAACGUUUGAAACAUUUGAGGCAUUAGGUGCUUUAACGCACCCAAUUAUGUACCCACUCGCCGUCAGAAAACGAUAUCAUAACCUCUCAGCGUGGGAAAAAAUUUCAGAGUUACUUCUACAAUAUCGUGUGCAAAAAGCUUAUAAUAAAGCGGAAAUUUUGGAAGAUGAAAUACUAAAGAAACAUUUUGGAAGAAACACUCCAACUAUCCAUGAGCUGAAAAGAAAUAUACAUAUGCUGUUUUUGAAUAUACAUCCUAUUUGGGAUUCAAAUCGUCCAGUGCCGUCUAAUGUUAUAUACUUAGGAGGUCUUCACCAGAAACCACGGCAAGAAUUACCCAAGGAAUUAAAGUCGAGUCUUGAUUCUUCAAUUAACGGAAUAAUUUACGUGAGUUUUGGAACUAAUGUUAAUCCAGCAUUAUUACCUCCUGAAAAACUGCAAAUAUUUAUUAACGUUUUUUCUAAAUUGCCUUACGACGUUUAUUGGAAGUGGAAUGACGAAAACCUACCAGGCCUGACAAAAAAUAUUAAAGUAUUGAAAUGGUUUCCUCAGGCAGAUAUACUACGUCAUCCUAAAGUAAAGCUUUUCAUAACUCAAGGAGGAUUACAAUCUACUGAUGAAGCUAUUGCAGCUGGUGUUCCUCUCAUUGGAAUUCCAUUUAUAUGGGAUCAAUGGUUUAACGUAGAAAAAUACGUACAGUUAAAAAUUGGUUCACAAUUGGAUAUUAAUUCUGUGACUGAAACUAAACUAAGAGAUACUAUUGACAUAGUUCUCGCUGACAAAAGGUACAAGGAAAAUAUUAUGAAGUUACAAUCUAUAAUGCAUGAUCAAAUCCAGUCACCUCUGGAGAAAGCCGUUUGGUGGACAGAAUAUGUUAUACGUCAUCGCGGGGCAGAACACCUGCGCGCCCCCUCUGCAAAUAUGAACUGGAUGGAAUACUACGAAAUAAAACUAAUAUUAUGUAUUACAAUACCAUUAAUUUUAUUAUUGGCAGUAUCAAUAUUUAUAAUAUUACGUACAUUACGAUUGUUUAUAAGGAAAAUUAAAACAGAGUGAUAAUGAAAUUGAAUUUGAUAUAGGUCACCUUGAUAAUAACCUCAAAUACAAUAUCCAAAUUAUUGUCAUACCCACUCUUGUUAUUAUUGAUGAAUGUUUAAUAAAAUGUGUUCUUGUGAACAAUAAUGCUAUAAUUUCCUCUUAUUAUAAGGGACUUUGUCAGUUUAUAAGAUUUGUCAGUUUUUGUCUCAGGUGCCAUUUGACAACUGAGACAAAAACUUGCAAAUCUUCCUUAUUUUCUAGAUUAAAAAACUAACACUAAAAGUACACUAACAAAAGGACGUAAAACUAGUUUUAAAUUUAUUUUUAAAAUAAUAAGAAAAAACAGGCAAAAAAUUGUUUGUCUUUCUUAAUUUCUCAAAUUUUUGCAGUAUGUUUCAGUUAGUGAUUUUUCUUAAAAAACACUCUGUGACCUUGAUUUUAUAACUGUUUAUUAAUCAUCAUACAAUUACGAUUAUUCGACUCAAUAACCCGGAUAGCUUAGGAAUAAUGCAUGAUGGUUUAUAAGUUAUAGACAAAGGAAGCUCAGGCAUGAAGUGAAACAAAACAAAAAAUCCAUUUUUUAACGAGAGUAUAGUUUCACGUUCUUUCGUUGGUGUAAUUUAUGUCUGGGCACAUUAUUCAAUAACAUUGACGCACAAUAGUGGCGUACGAGUCGUAAAUUCAAAGAUGUAUUGCAAGAUGGCAUGGCAUUGCCUUCAUACCUUGUAUGAUUUAAAAGCUA